UUUGUUUUCUUUUUGUCAGAACAAGUUGAUCAUGUUGGUUAUGAGAUUACAAGUUAAUUAACUUUAACUAUGGUUAACUUAUUUUAUACCAAAGUGAUUAAAUCUAAAUUAACUUUAUUCUAUUUCUUUUUGUUUAGUCUUUUACUUUUCGGAUUUUAUCACUAUGCAAUCAAAGAGGAACACAAUCAAUGUGAGAUGACUUUCAUGUAUCAAUUUCCUCAGUUCAUUCCUGUUCCUUUGCGUAACAAUGUUUCCAAAAAAUUUCCUGAUUACAAUUUGUACAUUUAUGGAGAAGGAGAAUAUGCAAUGUUCCUUAGAGAAGGAGUCAUUUAUGGAAUACCCGUUCUCUUUGUGCCUGGAAGUGCAGGUAGCUACAAGCAAGUUCGUUCAUUUGGCUCGAUAGCCUUGCGAAUGGCAGAGGAGCGUCUUAUGCCUCAUCAUUUCAAUUUUUUCACCAUCGAUUUCAAUGAAGAAUUGUCUGGUUUAUAUGGAGCUAAAUUACAAUCUCAAACUGAAUUUUUAUACGAAUCUAUCGAGGCAAUUAAAAGGCUCUAUUUAAGAGCUGGUCGAAAUGUUUCUCUUAUCGUGAUUGGUCAUUCAAUUGGUGGAUUAAUCAGUCGAGGUGUUUUCACCAUGCCUAAUUUUGAAGCUUCGUCCGUUGAUCUACUCAUUACAUUAGCAACACCUCAUCAACAACCUGCUCUUUUCAUUGAUACUCAUAUGUUAAACUAUUAUCAUAAUGUAAUCUCUUAUUGGAAAGAUCAUCGAAACACAUCUCAGCUUCAACAUCUCACUAUCAUCUCAAUCGGUGGAGGAUUUGACGAUAAAUUGGUUAAAUCAGAAUUAACAAGACUUCCAGAUCUUUUACCAGCUUCUGGAGAUAUUAAUCUAUUGACCACAGCGAUUUCUGAUGUUUGGGUUUCAACUGAUCAUCAAUGUAUCGUCUGGUGUAGACAGUUAAUCGUAAAAUUAGCUAAGCUCAUCUUUGAACUGGCUGAUUCUAAAGCUCAUCGAAUUAUUACCGAUUCUAAGAGAAGAUCACAAAUUAUCUCGUAUCAUUUGCUCAACCGUAACAGGGGAUCUUCCAGCAGUAUAAUUGCUCCAUCAAGAAUUAAACUUCCAAGUAAAGGCACAUGGAUCUCAUUUGAUCAGCGUUAUUUUAUUUUCAAACGUAAUAAGAUCAUAGAUGCAAUUUACCUUCUAUUUCCAUUGAUUACUAAAACUAAUGUGAUAUUAUUGACGUCAAAUGUUAUGAGAAGUGAUUGGGUCUAUGCUUGCAAUGCGACCAAUAAUAACGGAACCGAUUCAUGUGAAUUUGGUGAUAAUCUAACGCAAAUGACUCGACUCAUUCAAAAGACUUAUGGAAACGAACGCAAAGUUUUAAAAAUUGAAUCUGACCAGUUGAUGGCCGCUGGUCAUUCACAUGUUGUUGUUUAUCUUGGGCCAACCGUUGGACCCGUUUCUGUUAUCGGUGAACGAUACUCGUAUGGACGACGUAACAAGGCCAUUAUUAUGCCAACCUUUUUAGACGGACUUAUGUCCCUUCUUUGGACCUCAGUUGAUAUCCUGGAGAUCCCAGUGGCUGAAGAAGCAAUUUUCUAUAAUUUGACUUUGAUUGGUUUCGAUCAAGUUUGGCAUAGUUACAAUCUACGGAUUGAAGUUCGCUCAUGUUACUCCAAUGCAUUUGAAUAUGGUUUAGUUCAAUUCUGGGUCCCAUGGAGUUCAGAAGACGCUUCUAUGCAAAUACCACCCACGAAAGGCAAAUCAGUAACCAUGAAUCUCCGUCUCAAUGUACCCAAACAAGAUCCAACUGACCAUCGACAUCCGCACCUUUAUCUUAUGCUAGACCUGAACUGUGGAUAUACUGUGAAAAUGAGUUUCUCCUAUCGAGAGGCACUUAGUCAGCUUAUUCGUCACUAUUUUAAUUACUUUCUCCCUUACAUGUCAGCGAUCCUUUUAUCAGCUCUAUCCAUUCAAAUAAUUCCCACUUUCUCUAAUCAAAAUUCCCUAGUUGAACCUCUACGAAAAACUGGAUUCAUCUCGUCAAGGGAAACAUUUCAACCUCUAUUUGUGAUACUUAGAAAUAAUUUCUUUAAAUUAUCUUUAUAUACCAUAUUACCUUUAUUGCCUUUAAUUGUGGAUAAAAUUUACAGAUUACUUAAUCUCUCAUGGAAAUUUAAUUCAAUUUUAAAUUCUGUUAAUCCAUAUUCACAUUCAUCUUUAAGUGAAGAUCAGAAAAUUUUCCUUCACCUUUUCCUCUACUUAUUUUCGUAUUCAUUUUUAUUUGUAGUCUCAACAAUUAUCGAUCUGAUUAUUUUCACCUUUUCUCAUUUAUUUUCACUAAUUGUGCAAAUAUUUUCUCAACACCAAUUAUCUAAUGCUAAUCGUCAAGAGUUAAUUACUCAAAAAACAUCUAAACUAAAAGUAAUUCCAACCUUAAUCACAGUUACCUGUCUAUUAUUAACUAUACUUACCUGUAGUCCGAUCUGUUUGAUUGUAACAAUUAGCAUUUCACUUCUUAAACUGAUCACUACUUCUUGCUCAAAUCAUCUUGAUGAACUUCGUAAAGGUUCAACUGAAAGUUCAUCUUAUCGGUUUAUAAAUACAACGAUAAUUUUACUUUUGGGCUCAGCGGCAGCUCCGACGAUCCCGAUUCUGGUCACAUGGUUUCGAGAUUAUUUCCUUCGUAAUCAAUACAAUAAGCCAUUCAACGAUCCUCACAUUAUACCAAGUUAUUUAAUUGCUAUCUCAAUUAGUAUUUUACUACAUACUAAUUACUUUCCAUGCAAGAAUAAGUUCUACUUAAGGUCCAUGUCAAUCAUCCUGAAAUUUUCAUCUCUAAUUACUUUCACUUUUGGCCUAAUUGCUUACAAUUAUUUAACAAUUUUCAUCUCAAUCUCAUUUGUUUUCUAUAGUUCUUUUAGAUUCUCAUUGAUUUGGUCAAAUAAGUCAACAAUCAAACAAGAUUGACUGAUGAAUGUAACCAAUUUCUUUUUAAAACUCUCAAACUGUCCAAUAAAUAGUGAAAAUUAAUUGUCAACUUGAAACGAUGAUUAUUUCCAAUCCUAUUCACUUAUUA